GAUAGUCCCAUCUAGUCAGCUGUCAAACCACCUAAUAAUUGGGUCGUACCAAAAUUUCUAAUAGUAAUUCAUUUUUGGUGGUUUUAUUGUUUCGUAAAAUUUAAAUGAGCGUCGAAAAGAGCAAGAAGAAACAACAACAUUAAGCCCAACUACAACAUUGCAAACAAAAAAAAAAAAAAAACAACGGAGCUGGGAAAACAAAAAUUGGCAAACAUGUCGAACCUAUCAGUGGGACAGAUGAUCAUGGAUGCGCAGCGCAUGGCUAGUCGCGUCAAAGACUUGGAUGCCCUGGGAACAGCGCUGCUCGAGGAGGCGGAGACCAACAAUCGUCUGGUGGAGAGUUUGCGACAAUACCAGGACGACAUCGAGAGUCUCAAUCGCAUCUCGAACAACAAAACGAAUGUGGACAUGGUGAAUCGCAUACAGCAACAGAAUGUGAACAGCUCCGAGAUACUGAAAGAGAAUCGCGAACUUAAGAUCUGCAUUGAGGAUUACGAGCGCGCCAUGGAGCUGAUGAUGCAAAAGUAUCGCGAGCACACAGUCACCAAGGUGCUGGACAGCAAAUUCAAUUUCAAAGAGCUGUAUAACGAACGCCUGUGGCAAGUGAUACGUGAUCAGCGUGACAAAAUCAACGAAAUGGCUGCCGUCAUGCAUCGGGCGGCGACGGCAGACGAUGAGAAUGUGCAGCGGGAACUGCAGACAAUCUCACAGCUGCGCAUGGAGAAUGAAACAUUGCGUGAACUGCUCGACAUCUCAAAACAUUAUGGUUCAGCGCAGCGGCCAAUUCGCGAAGGCGAUCAUCUGUCGGAGGAGAAGGCGGUGCAAACGGACAGCCAGGUUGGGAUGGCGGACGAUUUGUCGGCCGAUGAGCUGUCGAUAUCGGGUGCCUCGGUGGAGAACAUGAACAACAAUUCAGUCAUACAGAUGUACAGCAGUCCAGAUCCGCCAAUUGACAGCAAUAAUAGUAGUUCAGUUAACACUGCCACAGUCACAGUUGCCGGAGACGUUGUUGUGGAAACUGUGGAAAAUAAUGCACACGCCAAUGAGAAUAAUAAUGGACCUGCUGCUCAAAGCACGCCAGAGAGUGAGAGCAGGAAAGCUGCCGUUGCAGUGACGACGCCAAACGAACAACAACACGAGGAAGACCAGGAUGUCACGAUGCCGAUUGCGGCUGAAAGCGCGACAUGAUAAACAAUUAUCAGAGUUGCACUACCAUAGCGGUUAUCGUCAUCGUCACUCAAUCAUCGUUAAUUUGUAAUCGCUUUCGAAGCUUUCGUCUUAUUAACAACAAACAAACAAAAACAGCAUACACCCCAUUAAUACAUACAUACAUACACAGCACUCCCACUUAGCGCACACAUACAAUACAAUACACACUUAUGGUUACUCUGCAUUAGUUCAUAGAGCAACUAAUAAUCUCAUAAGUAAUUUAUACAUACUGAAUAAUGUCUAAACAUUCAUUCAUCUAAAUCUAAUACACAUUCACACACAUACACACGCACACAUUUUGUAAUCCAUGUUGUAUCCUGUCGACAUUAUGAUUUCUUAAUAAAUUCCAUAUAAUGAA